UGGGAUCAACUCGCGACCGAAAUCCAACAUAUUUCACUGCAAGACCGCCUGCCAAUACUCCAGCUGAAAUCCACAUCCAACCGCUCUGCAAUUGUAACAUUAUCCUGAUCAAAUAUUAUUAAAAAAUUUAACAUUUGAAUUAAUACUGAUUUCUAUUGAACAAACCAGAAAAUAAGAGCACUCAACAGGCAUUUCAAUUAAAUGUACAUGUGGUUCCAUUACAAAGAACAAUUAAAAAAAAAAGAGCUUGAACUGAAAUUUACAAAAUUAUUGUGGAAUGAUAAGCAUAUGACUAUAAUAAUAAUUUGGAAAAUUUAUGAGUACGUUAUUAUUUCUUCAUCUUCUUAUACAUGAUUUCUAAGAUUAAAAGACAUUUAUUUUAACUCAUUUAUUUUAUUGAUUAAACAACUGAUUGAAAAGUUUUGUUUUAUGUUGAUGUGCUCAUUAACCUUAAUAACACACAAAAUUGACACUAGUUUGAUCCUCACACACACUACUUCAGAAAAAUGACAUCCCAAUAAAAUCAUACAGUUUUCUUCAUCAUGACAACUUACUCCGACAUAAAAACAAGACUUUUCUAUGACAGAGAUAAGACAGCAAAGCAGCGCUUGAGGCGAAAACGUAGCAGUGGUCGACUAAAACAAUAUAACUCAGAGCAGGACUUGCGAAGUUGGGGCACUGACCAGGAUGACAGGCGGCGCCACAUUCUCGAUGGCAUGAGUGGCCUGAAAACAUUAUGGGGAAAUUACGUACCUUUCGAAACGUUAUUUGCUCAGUUGAGAUUGAUGUCAACUGGGCAGCAUCCUAUUCCAAGUACAUCAACAGAGCCCUCUGCUAAAAGAGCUGGCGAACCUUCUACCACACCCUCGACAUCCCAGAAGCCUGUACUUGGUAAGGAUCCUUUCUCCAAAUAUGACUAUUCGCAAGUGGCUGGCCGCGGCUUACCCCAAUCCGGUGGUGCUGGUGCAAUUCCAAUUGCAGCUUUCAAAGCCAAGGAAUUGGAAGCACAAAAGGAAGAUUUGAGUGACCUUGUGAAGGCUAUGAACAAAGAUGCGAAUGAUUUGAAACGAGACAGCGCAUCAGUCAAAUCUGAAAACGAAAAUUUAAGGGAAUCAGUAAAUCUAUUGGAAGAUCAAAUCAAACAGCUAGAAGAUCAAAUUAAAGAGGGUCAGGAAGCGAAAGAAGCGAAAGAUAAUUUGGAAAAUGAGUUAAAAAAGGGAAAGGAGGAUGCCAAAGAACUAGAAGAAGAACUAGAGAAUGAAAGGAGAUUGAGCCAGGAGUUGGAGGAUGAGAAAAAUCAAGCCAAAGAAGAAGCUGAAGCUCUUGCCCAGCAGUUGGAAGAUGAACGACGAAAAUCAGCCGUCAUUCAGGAGCAACUCCAAAAUGAGUUGGAAAGAGAAAAACGAAAGUCGAGUAUAGCAAAGGAUGCUGCCGAAAGACUCAAAGAUGAAUUGGAGGAAGAGAAAAGUCUUGGUAGAUCAGGCUCUUUGAAGUCGGAAGAGCCGCCAAAGUCGGAAAAAUCAGUUUCGUUGAGAACAGAGCAGCCGCCAUAUUAUGAGGACGAGCGAAGGGCAUCAAAAGAACUCAAUGACAGGCUCCAGAGGGAUCUGCAAGAUGAAAGGAGACGCUCUGAUGCUACCAGAGAUAGAGUAAGGGAGCUUGAAAAACAACUCGAAGACGCUGCUAGGAAAGAUGCCGAUGAUGCACUCGAGGAUAAAUCGGCAUUGAGAAGAUCAUUGAAAAUGGAGCAAUGCCUGAGGAAUGAAGUGAGCAGCUUGGAGAAUGAAAACGAUUGUUUGCGCAAAGAGAUCGAGAGACUUAGAAUGGUUGAGUGCGAACUGACUGAUUGUGAGAUUGAGAAACAGGACCUACUUUGCGAGGUGGAAUCACUUAAAUGCUGUCUUGAAAGGCAGGAAUAUGAACAUCAGAAAAUGUCUUGUCUUAUCAAGGAGCAACAGGACCUCAUUUUCAACUUACAAGACGUGGUGACAAGUAACAAAUCCAAUGAAAAUCUCCAAAGUGAGUCUUGGGCUAGCUGUAACGAAAGUUUGGUGGAAUAUCAAUGUCAAAUAGAAGAUCUCAACUCCACAGUUGCAAAGCAGAAGAGUCUGAUAUCGAGCCAAGGCGAGUGUCUGCAGAGGCAGCAUAACUACAUCACACAGCUGGAGCAGGUCCGCUGCAAGCUGCAGAGUCAGAUCGAAGUCUACAAGAAUGAAAUCAAGGAGGCUAAAUGUGAAGUGGACUUACUGUGUACAAAACGGAAACAAUUGCAACAAGAGUUGGACUUCCUCACCAAAAAGCUUGAGAGUUAUCUAGAGAGAAUUCAGGGACUUGAAAAGUCGCAGCUGCUGAACAGCAAGCCAUGUCGGCAAUCAUCGCCGAUGAGGAGUGAGAGGAGCGACAGGGGAUCUAUGUCGACCUAUUCCACUUACAGUCGGGAUGUCUGUGGUGGAGGUUCCACUUCAAAGUGCUAUCCCUCUCCCUCGAUGCAGCCUGAACUGGACAUGUCUGCAGGAAGGUCGACGGCCAACAGACAGUCAACCUGCAGAAGUCGGUCGUGCCAAUCAUCGUCCAAAAAACAGUUUGGGUUUAGAUAGCGCGAUAAUGGUAAGUAAAUUCUAUCGGCGAGCAAUAUUAAUCCGAAGACAUGAACAGUUUAUAACUCAGACCAGUCUUGAUGAAUUCAUUUGGAAGCCUUAGCAAGAAUUUUAUACUACAUUAUUUGGUAUCAUGAGUAAAAAAGAACAUAUUUUUAAAUGCUUCCAAUCAAAAUAUCUUGAGGAAAAUUUUUCGAAAUUGGAUACUUUACAUUAGAAGAUUUAACAGAUAUUUAGAAUUGAUUCAUGGAAGGUAUCUUUGAGAAGAAAAUUCUAACAUUCUACCAAGUCGCAAAUAGUUUUGUGUAAAUGAGGUGAACACUGAAGAUCUAUUCGAACUUUACUGAAGUGAGUCGUUUGUAAAUUUGGAAUUAAAAUCUCAGCCAAUAGCUCGUUUUUUAGUUUUAUUGCUAAGAAUAAUUAGUUUUCAGGAUGGUAAAUGAUACUGAAUUACUAUAUCAUUGAUUCAAGUAAUGAUAAUGGCAAAAAUCAUUACCCAGAGAACUUUCAUCAUUAAAAAAAUUGUCUGGUCCGAUAAUAUUACCAUUAGUUUCGUACUCUACUAGCCAAUCGCAACAGAUCUGUGACUUGAUUGAUUAAAUCUAAGGGUAUUACAUUGGAUGCGUGAUGCAAUUGCAAGGCAGAUCAUGCAUGAGUCGAAAAACAAAAUCUGGAAACAGCCAUUGAAACACGUUGCAACUUGCAUGUAGCUGCUCACA